ACGGAUCAGUGACAUUCCAAGCGUAAAUGUUUAGAAGUUAGAUCUGUUUCCGGUUUGGACUAUCGACAACUUUAACUUGACCCAAGGCCUGUAAUAAUUGCUUUGUGUCGGAUAACACUGUCAUUUUGAAGAGCUGCCAAUAUCAUAAUGUAAGGAUGUGAGACUGCAAUGGUCGUGACCUAGAUGUUACCUAUGAAGGUCAAAAUGCUGCUCCUGUGGUCCAUUUUACUGGUCUCCUUUACUACAGCCUCUGUAAUCCACAAUCCAAGUACUGCUAUACAAGAAAGUUCAGCUUUAGUUUGUGAAAACAGUCUGCUUACACUGGACUGUGAAAAGAAAAAAGGAGUCAUCCGCAUCUCAAGGGCAAACUACGGGAGAUUUAGUUUGGGGACUUGUAACAACUUAGGUGCCACUAAUGAAUGGAAUGUGAGAUGUAUCCACCCAGAAUCCAAAAGAAUUGUAGCAGAAAGAUGUGAUGGUCAUCCCAAAUGUAACAUUACGGCUUCCAAUGAAGUUUUUGGAGACCCCUGUGUUAACACAUUUAAGUACCUACAGGUUUACUACAGGUGUGAACCCAAAAAGGUCACACCUGCUCCCCCAACCACCACUAAAUCCACAACCACCACCACCGCUGGGACCACGACAACCAGGAAAGCCACCACCACCACUCCACUGCGGCGUGUCUGUGAUGCGAUGUACAUCGAAGGGAAGAAUUGGCCGUACACCAAUGUGGGAGACGUGGCAUCCAUGAAAUGUCCGCCUCCAAAAGUGGGCACCAUGACCUGGAGAUGUACAGGAGCGGGCUGGCAUGGGGAGAGACCGGACGACUCCAAGUGUCAACUUCCUGUUACAGAACCUCCCUCUGGAACAACCACCACCCCAAAGAUAAGCUUCUGUGAGGAGACAGAGAGUCAGGGGGUGAUCUGGCCUCAGGUGAGGGUGGGGGUGGAGGUAGAGCGGCCCUGUCCCGAGGGUAAACUCGGGAAAAUGACCUGGAAAUGUUCUGGGAGGGGCUGGAAGGGCAGACAACCUGACACAAGUAACUGUGUGUCACCGUGGCUCAACAGCAUUGACGAACGAGUGAACUCCAGUGCUAGUAGUAUAGAGGACAUUGCUGAUCAGUUAAAACAGCAGACGGACACUCGCAAUCUCGGAGCCGGGGACCUGGAGAAGAUGAACAACAUCAUCACUAAAAUGGGACAGGGAUUUAAAAUCUCCGGAAUGCCCAACAAGGAGGAGAAACGACAAAGGCUGGAAAAAUUCACCAAGAAUAUUGCGGAGACAGGAAGUAACAUUUUGUCGGAGAAGCAGUCCAAUUCCUGGGAAGAGCUACCAGACGACAAAAAAACUAAAGUCGCCGCUUCCUUCCUUGUUUCCAUGGAAACCACUGGGUUUAACAUCGCAGAAAAUCUCCAGGAGGAAGAGUCCAUUGUUUCUUCUACUGAGAACCUGUUUAUGGAGGUGUCAGCAGUCAAGGUCGCAGAGGACAAGCCGGCCUUGACCUAUCCCUCCUCCCGGGACCAGAAGUGGACAGAUGAUCAGAUCACAAUACCAAUGGAGAACAUAGAAGCCCUGUCUGAUGAUGGAGGAAUCACCAAGGUUGUGGUGUUUGUUUACCAGAAUAUGGAGGACCUGAUGACAACACAAGAUAAUUCUACCGUCAUAAACAGUCACAUCAUGUCCGCCUCCUUGUCACCGCAAACUGUCAAACUCAAGAAACCGGUGACCUUCACCCUUAAACUCACAAAGGCUCUUCAUGGAUCACUGACCCCUGUUUGUGCUUACUGGGAAUUCAGGGACAGUGAGUGGUCGACCUCAGGUUGUUGGAGGGUGAACUUUAACCUUACACAUACGACCUGUCGCUGCUCCCAUCUCACCAACUUUGCUGUGUUGAUGGAUGUCACAGGAACUCAGUUAUCUGUAGAACACGAGUUUGCCCUGAUGACCAUCACAUUUAUCGGCUGUUCCAUCUCCAUCAUCUGUCUUCUCCUUAGCUUCAUCACAUUCUUCUACUUCAGAAAUCUGCAAUGUGACCGUAACACAAUCCAUAAGAAUCUGGUCUUGUCUCUAAUGCUGGCAGAAAUUAUUUUCAUGAUUGGCAUCUCCCUCACUCAGAACAAGAUUGUGUGUGGAGUGGUGGCAGGCCUUCUUCACUUCCUGUUCCUGGCUGCCUUCGCCUGGAUGUGUUUAGAGGGAUUUCAGCUGUACGUGAUGCUGAUUGAAGUGUUCGAGGGAGAAAGAAGCCGCAGGAAGUGGUAUUACCUGUUUGGUUAUGGUAUCCCCUUGGUUACUGUUGCUGUGACAGCCGGAGUUAAACCAUCAGGAUAUGGAACAGACAGACAUUGCUGGUUAGAUACUGGUGCUUCAGUGAUCUGGAGUUUUGUCGGCCCGGCAUUGGCUGUGAUUCUGUUUAACAUUGUCAUGUUAAGUAUUGCUGUGUACAUGAUGCACAAACACGCCAACACACUGGCUCUAGCUAAGGGGAGGUCCAAAUUCAGCAGUGGAAUUCUACGGGAUCCGAGUUCAGGAACCAGUCAAAGCACCACCAUGUCUGAUGAGAAAGCUAGCACUGCUCGACAAAUCCCGUCUUGGGUGAAGGGAGCUGCCAUUUUAGUUGUUUUACUGGGCCUGACCUGGGCCUUUGGUGUCCUGUUUAUCAGUGAAGAGUCGGUGACCAUGGCUUAUGUGUUCACUGUCCUCAACAGCUUCCAAGGAUUGUUCAUCUUUGUGUUCCACUGUCUUAUGAAUGAAAAGGUGAAGAAGGAGUAUAAGAAGUUUGCUUACAAGUCGACCUGGUUACCAGAGUGUAUGAGGGCCUACUGUCUUGGAUACAGCAGUGCCUCAGGUUCACACACCCCCAACCAUUCCUCCUCAUCAGGGGGGCACCUGCUCAAACUCUGGAGUGGGAGACGUCGCCGAAAGUCCUCCUCCACCACACUGGAGAAAUCCGCUAAAGGUAAGAAGAGGAUCAGCGAGCCGCGCAGUGAUUCCUCUGUCUUCACCAGCCACGACAUGAACUCGCCUAUUGUCAAGCAACCUGCUUCAAAUGGUCGUCAGCCAAACAUGGAUUCUAAUGGAUAUCUCCGGCCCUAUCCUGAGUAUGAGGCAAUCCUAGGGGAUUUAUCUGAAGUCAACUGUUCUGUUAUUGACAGUGAAUAUGUGUCUGAGUACUGCCAGAAUCGUUUACAGGUUUCCAAGGAAACUAAUGCAUACUCGUCGGAGUCAGACAAUGAGGAUGAUCGGGAUCAGCCGGAGAAGAACCGUCUCUCCAUUCUGUCGAAGGAUUCUGCGGAGAAGAACGACUCCGAUUUUAAUCUCUCCCACCAAAACAUCUCAGAGACAGAGUUCCUUCUGGAGAAAAGUGUGUCGGAGAAAAACUUGCUAAAUAAAGCUCAAGAUGAAAAAAGUCGCAUUAAUUGUGACAGUUUAGGCAAAAAAAUUUAUCCAGGAUCAUUUUCCGAGAUUCCUGGCUACCUCUCGGAUGGGGAGGAAUUGAACCACAGCAUGCCGCUGAUUUCAAGCUUGCCCGAUUACCCAGGUGCCCCUCUCCCUCCGGCAGGGAGUCACCCCAGCCUGACCUAUCUCCACAUUGAGGAGGAAACAUUCUCAGGGGACAAAAACAACAAUUCCAGUGACUGCUAGCGAUACACAGGCCUUUGUAGCAUACUGGUGCUUUGUUCAUGCUAUAUCCUGCUUUGUUAGCCAUUAGAUACAUGUGUUAUAAUUUUUACAUUUUAUUUAGGAGAAAUUACAUUCUUUGACACGGCAACUAAUAUUUCAUUAGAGUUUGACAUGUUUCAUUUGUGUAUAAGAAGCAGGCUAUUGGCAGCUUUUGUUGUGUGUGCCAUAUAACAUCGACAGGGAAAAGGGGUUUAGAACUUUGUCAGGGGACCAAUAAAAUAUUCUAAAGUUUGUAACAAAAUGGAAAUUCUCAAAGAAAGCAAAUAGAAAGUGGGCAGAGUUUUUCAUCAUGAGUAAUAUUGCUAUUUUUGUAAGUUUUGUUUUCAGUCCAAUUUUGAGAGCUUCCUAAGAUGUUACCAAAGAAUAUAAAGAAUGUUGAUUUUCAUAGAAUUGCCAAAGAUGGUGUUAUGGAUAGUUUCUUUUUCUGAUUGAUGCAAACACAUUCCCAUCAUAAAACUUACAGUAUUUAUAAAAUCAAUGGUUGUGAAUUUAUCUAUUGUAUUAUUCUUAAAUGUUAUUUUGUACCAAUUGUUAUUAUACUUAAAUGUCAGUUUUCUUAGAUUUAUUUUUGUGAAAUCAUUAUUUACUGAGGUAUGUGUAAUUAUCUGCUCAUUUAUUGAAUAUAUGAUUACAAGUACAAUAUCAUAGUCUUUGGAAGGAUAUUUAAUUGAUAUGGAAUCCAAGUUUAAAAUGGGUUUAGGAAACAUUCCAGUGUUGGUAUGUUAAAAUAAAAAAUACUGGUAAUUAUUAUGUGGUAAUCAUUUUAGAAAUUUUGAGACACAAUUUUCAAUGAAGCUAAAAAGGAUUUUCAAAUACUGACAGUUAGCAUUUAUAAAAACAGAAAUUAAUGUUUUAUUGUUAGACUUUAAGCCAGGGUAUGCCACCAGCAUAUUAUUGAGCAGAGUAAUCUGGAAGUCCCAGUUUAAAUGUCUGAAUCUCACUUUUUUUGCUCAAUGUGUACAUUCCACAUUGCUACACAAUAAACACAUGCACAGACAGACAAAGUAUGUUCUGUCAAUUAAUUAUUGCCUUUAAGAGCAUUGAUUAUGAAGAUUUCACACAUAUUGUUUGUUUUUAAGUAGGGCCACCUUUUUUUAUUGUGAUGAAGUAGUAUGUUCAUCUUGUAUGAGAAGUGCCUUUAAUCAUGUUGAUUGAUGUACUAUACAUGCAUGUAUGUAUGUUUUGUUUAAAAUAAAGAGAACACCAUUUGUUUAUAAGACA